UUAAUAAUAUAACCGUCAAUAUAUUCUGAAAAAAAACUUUCUUAAGAAAUUAUGACAAAAAAUACUUGCUUACCUCUCUAGUGAGAUAUGAUAUACCUAUACACGAUAUUAAAGGUCUUACUGAUAAGUACGAACUACAAUAGGCUUUUCAGUUGUGAUCACUUUAAUAAAUUACUGCAAUUUUAUUAAAUUCAAUUAUAUUUUCAAAAGGAAAUAAACCGAAAAUUGUCUUUAUAAAAUAAAAUGGAAUCCCCUUUAUAAAUAUUAUAAACUAAUGUGGAAUUAACCAUUUCCCUUCACAUACAUUCAUGCAUAAUAACCGAUCUUCUAUCCUAUUUAUUACAUGCCUAUUGUUUAAGGUUAUGUAGGUUAACAGGAGAUCUACUACCAUAAUCAAGCUAUACCAUAGGUAAUUAGUUAGGAAGAAAAGAAUACUGUGGUGGAGGUUUCUAAAUCACCUACAGACACUUUCAAAGCGAAAAAAUAAGAAAAUCAACAAGAGGAAAAUAAUAGUUCAAUUGUUGUUGCAAAUAAACUGAAAUCAAAAAGUAAAAUGUCAAAAUUUAAUAUGUCGCUAAAGUCAACUAACAUUUAAAAAAAUUAUGCUAAAGCAAUAGCCUAAUACAUCAUUAGAUAGAGGGUCGAAAUAUUAAGAUAACUAGGUGAAAAGGGAGGCCUUGAAUUUCUAAGAAUUUUAACACAAUUAAAAAAUAGUAUAAAAAAUAUCAACCAAAUCAAGAAGCACUUAAUUGAUAACGAUUAACUAAAGCUAUUUAGAAUUAUUGCUAACAGAUUUCUAAGAAAGGAGGCUAUUGGAUAUGUGUAUAACUCAAAUAUAAAAUCCACAAGUGAUCACGUUUAAUAGAGAAAUCAAAUAAUACUAAAUCUCUAGAGUUAUUGAAUAAAGAAGAGUAAAGAAUAUGAAUUUUUAUAUUAAUUUUAUUUAUACACACAUUAAGACAACCUAAAUUAUAAAA